UAUUUAGUUGUUGUCAUGUGUCGAGUUGGUCAGCUGGGGUCCAACUGCAGGACACGCCUCUGUGCUGAAUGGAGCGCGCCGUGCGUAAAGUCCGACCUGCAGCGGAUCAAAACUUUUUUCGCUUCUUUUCACAGUUUUUUUACAAGUUAUAAAUCGACGUUAUUGGUUCGUACUUAGUCGAGUAAAUGCAGCGAUGACGCGAGAGGAAGAUCUCAUUCGGAUUGCAAAGAAACUGGACAAGAUGGUGUCUAGAAAUAACACGGAGGGCGCCAUGGACCUGCUGAGGGAACUGAAAGGUUUCAAUAUGACACUCAAACUUCUCCAGGAAACGAGGAUCGGCAUGUCUGUGAACAGUAUCAGGAAGCACUGCACAGAUGAGGAAGUCAUCGCCUUGGCGAAGGUCCUCAUUAAAGACUGGAAAAGACUUCUGGACUCUGGCCAUUCUCAGUCUGAGAAACCAUCAGAAAUGAAGAAUGGUUUGGACUCCAGCAAAACUGCAGUGUCUCCAAACAACUCACCCUCUGAGACACAGAGCAGUCACAGGAAACUGGAUGUCAAACUGAAACACGACUCAGAUCCUGACAAAAAACACUCCGAUAAAAACAGAAAAGAAAAACAUAACGAUGAACACAAAAACAAAAAGAGAAACGCAGAUGACCUCACAGAUGAAAAGCACCUGGAGGAGCCCCAACUUGAGAAACACCCCCAAGAAAUGAGAAAAGAGAAGCAUGUAGAAGAAUCCAAGAAACAAAGACCUGCAGAGGAUAUCCAACUGGAAAUAGAUAACAAGAAACAGAAGCAUAUGCUAGACCUGCAGAGUGACAAACACAAGCCAGAUCCGAGGAGAGAGAGACCGCUAGAAGAACCAAAAAAGAUGAGACACAGUGAAGAAGUGAAGAAGGAGAAGCACCCAGAAGAACCCAAGAAGCACAGCCACACAGAUGACAAGAAGGACAAACACAGAGAAGUAAACAGACAUGAGCGGCCGUUAAACCCACCGCAACGAGAGCGACCGCCGAGCGAACCCCAGAGAGAGAAACCUGCUGACGUUCACAAACCAAUAUUUGAAAGGAGAGGAGUGUUGGAUAGCAGUAUUCUGUAUCCCACCCGGUUCCCCUCUCCUCCUCGACCGGCUCGGCCUGUUUUCCCCGUCAAACGCCCCUCUGUGGACCUGAAAAAAGACAGGAAGGAUGUUAAAGACUCUUCCUCCCGACAUCCUCGCCCUCAUGCUCCUCAACCCGCCUCUCCUCCGGUCAGGCGACCUUCCCUGGAAGUGAAGAAAGAGAGGAAAGUUCCACUGGACCCAAACACACCAAUUGCUCCUCUUCCUCUUCACCUUCAUCCUCCUCCACCAAGAAAAGAGCCUCCUGAUCCCAACGCUCCUCUUCCUCCACUUCCUCUUCACCUUCACCCGCCACCUCCUCCAAAGCGUCCUUCAAUUGAUGUGAAAAAAGAGAGCAGGAAGGAUUCAUCAGACUCUAAACCUCCUUCACAGAAGAAGGCGUCAGAUCAUGUGAAGAAAGACAGGAAAGACUCAUCGGAUAGCAAAGUGUCUAAAAAGCACUCUGAUGAAGCCAAGAGAGAAAGGAACGAUUCAUCUGACUCUAAACCGCCUCCUCCCAAAAAGCCCACUGUGGAUGUCAAAAAAGAAAAACACAGGAAGGACUCCUGCGACUCAAAGCCUGGCCAACCUGUGAAACGUCUCUCAAUUGACUCCAAACCUGACAGGCGGGAAUCGACUGAUUCAAAGAAAAGCAGCUCGCCACCAGCAAAGAAGCUAACAGCUGAAAGGAGAGAGUCUCACGGCUCCAAGACCUCUCAGGCUGGACCUCCACAGAGGAAGCCCUCUACUGACAGCUUUGAAAGAAAGGGCAAAACCGAUACCCCUAAAACUCCCACCACCCCGACCAGCCCCAUGUCACCCAGCUUCAGUUCUGCUGGGGGUCCACUGCCCCCCCACCUCGCCACCGGAGAGUCCGUCAGAGACAAGUGCAUUGAGAUGCUUGCAGCUGCCCUGCGGACUGACAACGACUACAAGGAUUUUGGAACUAACUGUGACAGCAUGGCUGCAGAGAUUGAAGAUCAUAUCUACCAGGAGAUAAAAGCCACGGACAUGAAAUAUAAAAACAGAGUCCGGAGCCGCAUCAGCAAUUUGAAGGACCCAAAGAACCCUGGGCUUCGCAGAAACGUGCUGGCAGGGAGCAUCGAAUUAAGCCGCAUUGCCUCCAUGUCUGCUGAGGAGAUGGCCAGUGACGAGCUGAAGCAGCUGAGGAACGUUCUCACCCAGGAGGCCAUCAGGGAACACCAAAUGGCCAAAACUGGUGGCACCACCACCGACCUGCUGCAGUGCGGCAAGUGCAGGAAGAAGAACUGCACCUACAACCAGGUGCAGACACGCAGUGCUGAUGAGCCAAUGACCACAUUUGUUCUGUGUAAUGAGUGUGGUAACCGCUGGAAGUUCUGCUGAUUGAUGCCUUCCAGAUGAAACCACGUUUUUUUUUCUGAGCAUACUGAACUGCAUAUUUUCUAUAAUGGGAGGGGGGAGGGAGUUUAUAAAUUAUUGCAGCUAGUGAUUUAAACAGAUAAUAGUGUUCCUACAAUUUUUACUUGAAAUUUUGAGAUUUGUAAGCAUGUGCUAAUAAUCUGGGUUUGCUUUAUAUGGAAUUAAAAACUGAGCAUGAACGUCAGUUUGAUGACUGUUGGAACAAUGAGCAACGAUCACGGUGCUGUCAUGAGAUCUAGUUAAUAUGCUAUGUCAUAUUACAGCUUUUCACUUUGUACAUAUCUAAUUCCAAUAAAAUUGCAUAAAUCA